GAGCACAGCUGACAGUAGAGAAUGAAGACAUGAUUGAAUUGAUAGGGAACACAGGCUCGAAACUGCUGUCAUUGUGUCUUCAAAUUGCAAAAGGGACGGCGUACCUUGCAAGUAAUAAGUUCCUGCAUCGUGAUCUCGCAGCAAGAAACUGCAUGAUUGACCAGUACAAUGUGAUAAAGGUUGCCGACUUUGGUCUCUCGGAAGAUGUGUACGCCAGAAACUACUUCAGACAGAUGUCAACA